AUGCGACGAGCCCUCUGUCCCGAAGCUAAACGCAAAAAUUUCUUCGCUGAGUUCGAGUUGCGAACCUUGCGACCCGAAGAGGAUCCGGCCGUGUACAAAUGGGAAUUGGAGAAUAUCCUUUCGAAAGCUGACCCAUCUCUUUCCAAUGAUGCCAAGUCCGCGUUGUUGACGAGACAAUUCUCGAAGGGUCUACCACCGACUCUGAAGCUAAAAAUGUUGGAGCAUAACCCUACCCCAACAUUGGCCCAAAUAGUUAAAUUUACCCAACGAUUUCGUGCGCUUAGCCAGCCGACGGCAGAGACUGCUCGUGUUCAUAUUGACGCUGUCACCCGCCCACCGCCUCCACCCGAUCCACAGUUGAAAGAGAUUCUCACCAUGGUUGCUGGCAUCGCAGAGAAACAACAAGCACUCGAGAACCGCCUGAACCGUACAGAGCCUUCUGCAAACUCCUCCACUCGAUCGUCGUUCACGGGUACCUGUUAUUCGUGUGGUUUCCCAGGACAUUUCUCUCGAGAUUGUACACGACAGCGACCCUUCAGUGGCCGUCGAACGAUGAUUUGCUACUGGUGUGGGAAACCUGGUCACAUCGCACGAGAAUGCCGAUCAUCGCGUCAUUUAAACUACUACGGGAUGGACGGAAAGUCGGUGGAGAUCGUGCCCAUCCUGUACUAA